AGUGUCUCAGAAGAUACUACUGAACAAAACACCAGUCAUGUCUGGAGUCAAAGGAGGCCGCAGCCACUGCCAUCAGAAGACUUACUGCCCAGAUCCAUGCCAGCCACAAGUCGUCUGCAAAGAUCCAUGCCACCCACAAGUUGUCUGUAAAGAUCCUUGCCAGCCGCAAGUUGUCUGUAAAGAUCCAUGCCAGUCACAAGUUGUCUGCAAAGAUCCUUGCAAACUUACAGUAUGCCAUGACCCCUGCCAACCUACCCAGUAUUUCCACUGCCAGACUGGGCACUGUCCACAAAAAGUUCACUGUGACCCUUGCCAUCCCUGCCAUCCUUGCCAAUGCUAUGGAAAGUACUGAGUAUUCCCAUCGCUUAAUACUUCCAGUACUCUUCUGUUAUCUGAUUCUGCCAUAGCUGUUAUUAUCAAAUUGCUUGUCUCCUGAAUUUACCUGUUCUGUGAAUAUUACAGAAAUUUACAUUAAAUCAUUUUACUUUGGCUCAA